UCCCAGAUCUGUGAUUGGUCCACGUGUCGUCUUCUCCGAUAAAAAAGACAAAAAUCUCCGGCGGGUCCGCCAUAUUUAUACCCGAAUUUUACAGAACCCAUUUUGGCCCUUCUCUGGUGGUUCUACUUUCCUCUGCAAUAAUUACUUCAAUCUGUUCCACAAAGAAAUCAAUUGGGGGAAAAAUGGUGGACGCUGUUCGUAUUAGUCGCGAGAAAUUAGGGUUUGAGGAGACUGAGCUGAGGCUGGGGAUUGGAUUGCCCGACAAGAGCUUUGGUAAGAGAGGAUUCGACGAGACUGUGGAUUUGAAGCUCAAUUUGUCCUCCAAGGACAUCAUCGACGAAUCGAAAUCGAAGAAUUUGAAUGCCGAGGAGAAGAAGAAUUCCUCAAUUUCCUGCCCUAACAACGAUUCUGCUAAGCCUCCUGCUAAGGCACAGGUGGUCGGGUGGCCGCCGGUCCGGUCCUUCAGGAAAAAUGCCAUGGCGGUUCAGGCGAAGGCCGAGCCGGAAGGCGGCGGCGCCGCCUUUGUGAAGGUGAGCAUGGACGGCGCUCCGUACCUCCGGAAAGUGGACUUGAAGAUGUACAAUUCUUACCAGGAGCUGUCGGAAGCUUUGGAGAAGAUGUUCAGCUCCUUCACCAUUGGUAAAUGUGAUUCACAAGGACUGAUGGACUUCAUGAAUGAGAAGAAUGGAUCUGAAUUCGUGCCGACAUACGAGGACAAGGAUGGAGACUGGAUGCUCGUGGGCGACGUCCCAUGGCAGAUGUUUGUCGAAUCUUGCAAGCGCCUCCGCAUAAUGAAAGGAACAGAGGCCAAGGGACUUGCCCCGAGAGCCAUGGAGAAGUGCAAGAGCAGAAACUAAGGCAACCUGUGUAGAAAUUUUCAGACAACAUUCUGCUCUUUUGAUCUUGAUGUUCGGUAAUAAGCAAACAGCGAGAUGGAUCGAGCAGGAUGCUGGAUUGUAUCGGUCCUCUAUUAAAUAUGGCCAUAUGGUUUGUUAAUUGGCCUUCGAUUUCUUGUGAUAUAUAUAUAUAUAUAUAUAUGUAUGAUUAUGAAUGCAAUGAAUUGCUAAUCUCCGUCUUGUUGUGUCUUGGAACACUUACUGUUGUGUAGUCUGUCUGUAUAGUAUAGAGUAUAUUGUCUGAAUAAUUUGCCAAACUGCUUCAAUAAUGUCAUAUGUUGAGAUGCUUUUGUUGACUAUUAAAAUAAGUAUGUGUGUGUGUUUUGUGUGUUUGAA